GCAACCCAACCCACCAUUCUAAAGUCUUGAGGCGUUUCGAGACAGGUGGCAGUCAAAAACGCGCCUUGGAGUUCUGCAGACUAAGCUCUUCUCAGCGUAAGCUUGAGAUUUUAAACCUUCAAAUUUUUCAGGUGGAGAAAGGCUAGAAAGGUUUUGAAAUAAAGGGUUUUGUUUUGUUUUAGGAAGAAAUGCAGACAGACAGACAAAAAAUAACAAAAAUCUGAAAGGCAAAGGCAUUGGCAUUGGCAUUCAUACCUGGGAGGGAAAGCGCAUUUUGGGCAGUUCGCUGACCGUUUAUGUUUUCGAUUCACUGUGCAUCCUCUGUUUCUGUCGAGCUUGUCCUGAUUGCAGAGAAGCUGGUCAAAAACAACAACUUCAGGAGAAAAAAAAUUCAAGGUUUUAAAGUCUCGAAAUUCCUACCUGUUGUUUGCAGAGAAGAGACAAGCGUAGAGACAAGGAGGCAUUCUGUUUGGAUUUUUUGUUUGUUCAGCAGUAAGAUCUCUGCCGGAGAAAACUGGUAAAUAAUUUCUGCCAUGGGGGAUGGCAAUAGCAGUAAUACCCAGAAACGGAGGGUGUGCUUUUCCUUUGCAGCCUAUGCCAAGAAUGUAAUCGAUCAUUUGAGCAGGUGCCAGGUUCCAAUCGCGAGAGGUCUCACGGACGUGGAAUUUGAAAGGAUCGAGAACAACUUUGGCUUCAGCUUCCCUCCGGAUUUGCGAUCCAUUCUUCAGGAAGGGCUCCCUGUUGGAGUGGGGUUCCCAAAUUGGAGAUCGGGGGCACCGCAGCAGCUGAAAAUGUUGUUGGAUCUUCCCUUGGCGGGGCUUUGCAAUGAAGUUUCCAAAGGGAGGUUCUGGUGGAAAGAUUGGGGCUCUCAGCCUUCCGAUACUGAACAGGCUUUAAAAGUAGCCAAAACCUACUUUGCCAAAGCACCACUUAUGGUGCCUAUUUACAGCCACUGCUACAUUCCCUGUUCUCCAAAUCUGGCAGGAAACCCUGUGUUUUUUGUGUACAAGAAAGAUAUCUUCUACUGCGGCUAUGACGUAGCCGAUUUCUUUGAGCGGGAGGCCUUCAUACCUCAUAAUUUCAAGUCUACAAUAGAUCAGGAGUUCGACUCUGAUAGGGCUGCGAGACGCCGGGAGCUAAUUCAAGAACCGGAUAUGAAAAGCAACCAGGUAAAUAAUAAAAGCAAUGCCGCCAUGGCGGAAAAAUGGGAGGAAUUCAAGCGGAGGCCCGAAUUUUCGGUAAGGAACUCCUUGCCUAAAAUUUCUACACGGAAGAAAGAGGUUCCGGGCAGAAAAUCUGUGAGCGAAGAAAGGGUUAUUGAGCGCCCCGAACCUCUGAUAAGAAGUGCAGGCAAUUCGCCUAGGGCAGGGCAAGCCAGAAUUAUUUCAAGAUACAAGUAUUUUCAUGACGCACCGCUUUCCAACAAUGUGCUGAACAAGUUCACCAUUCGAGCCCCUGCCUGGGUUGCCAAAGCUGCCCGAAGAAUAGACUUCUGGAGCGACCUUGUGGAGAACAAGGCCUCCAUGAACGUCGCCCCUCCUGAGGGCCUCUUUUCUUCUACCAAAGUGGAUGUAGAGAUCGCCAAAUCCACGGAGAAAAAAGACAGCGCCUCUCAGAAGAAUAAUGUAAGCAAAAUAUGGCUUAAAGGCUACUUAGGAGACAUCGGCUCCAGGUUGAGAAGUGCAGGAUGGAAGGAGGACGAGAUCUCUGAUAUGAUAAACCCUCCGGCGUCUUAUAUUCAGCUAUUUAAAGGCUCUGAAAGGCAAAAUUUCAUGGAAAGCUUGGCAUAUCAUGUGGAUUUACUCUCUGUGUCUCUCAGAAAGGCCGGCUGGAGCGCCAAGGACAUUUUCGAAUCUCUCGAUUUUCAUUCAAAGCAGCGAAAGUUACCGCCUCAUCUGGCUGCCAAAAUUGGUCAAAUUGCAGAAUAUUUGGCCAAGGCUUGAACCGAUUCAGAGUAUUUGGCCGAGACUUGAACCGAUUAUUUUCCUCCAAAUUUUGUUUCAGAGCCAAAUUGCUCCGCCUGCAAUUGCUCUUCUUGAAUGUAAAUAUGAGAUUAUCAAAGGCUUCAUUGUUUCUCUGAAGCUGUAAUAUAGAAAAUUAUUAGUACAUUCAAAAUCCCUUGUGUUGUUUAAGGGUUUUGAAUUUUGGAAGGGGGAAAAAAAAUUAGUUUUUUCUUUCUUCUCUCCUCUCGAUCACUAGUUCAGGAGAUUAUAUCUUCUGCUGUGAUGUUAACAGCCGCCAUUGUUAAAAGGUGUAGAAAAUAUCUGUCGUUUUUCGCCCUUUUCCAUAAAUUCUUCAGUCAGUUACAGCCGCCCUGCCUCUCUGUUCAAAACGACGAAAUAACUUCAAAUUUAUUCUUGUAAUAGAAAGAGGCCAAAUUUAAAAUUAUAUGCACAAAAAUAAAUGAAUGGGCUCUUGUACAGAGAACUAAAACAUUUAUUGUAUAUGCUCAAGCUGCAACUGCUGAAUAUUAUUUGACAGUGCUAAUAUUCCAGGUU